GACCGCCUUCUCUUCCAUCACAGUCGUCUGCUUGUGUUUGUUGCCUCCAUCUUAGGCUAGGGAAGGAGGGAGGAACCUUGUUGUGAAUCAAGGACUUUAAAGGAACGGAAACAUUCAGGUGGAGCGGCUCAAAGGGUGCAUGAGGAUGGCGGCGUGUGUGGGGAUCUUGCCCCCCGCCCAGGGUGCCCCGUCCUCACUGGGAAGCGAUGCACAUCGCUAUGCCUGCAAAUCAUAUGCCAACAAAUUGCUCCAAAAUUUGUGUACUCUAUGGCACUCACAACACUUCUGUGAUGUGGAAAUAUCAGCAGGGGGCUUUGUUGUAAAAGCUCAUCGAGCUGUUUUAUCUGCCGGAAGUGCAUACUUUCAGGCCAUGUUUACUGGUGGCUUAGCUGAAGAAACUCAAACUUCAAUUGAAAUAAAAUCUAUCACUCCUAAUGUUUUAGCUCAGCUUAUAAACUUCAUAUAUACAGGAGAUAUAGAGGUAACAGUGGAAAAUGUGCAGGAACUUAUGGUUGCAGCAGACAUGCUGGAAAUACAUAGUGUAGUUCAUGUUUGCACAAACUUCCUGAAGAAAGAACUCCACCCAUCCAAUGCCAUUGGAAUCUACAGAUUUGCAGAAGCUCACCAUUUAGUAGAAACAUUGGAAAUAGCAAGAGAUUUUAUUUUUGCCAACUUCUCAGAAGUAGUAACAGAAGAAGAGUUUUUGGAGACUCCUCGUGAAGUGUUGAUUCACCUCCUCCAGUCAGAGUAUUUGCGCAUUGAUUCAGAAUUUCAAGUAUUUUCUGCAGCAAUUCGGUGGAUAGGGCAGGACAUAACAACUAGGAGACGUUAUGUGUUUGAAAUUUUGAACCAUGUUAGACUUCCAUUAAUUCCAAGUAAAUUACUAGAAAAGUCUAUCAAUGAAUGCUGUGAUAUCAGUCUUAAAGUUGCUCUCAGAAGCAUCCAAAAGGACUUGUUAAGUAAGAGAGGGAGUUUGGUGCCUCUGUAUGUCCAACCAAGGAUCUGUGCUCGAAAGAAAAUCUAUGUGAUUGGAGGCUCAAAGAGAGAGCUUAUUAGUUCAUGGACAAGAUCAGAGUGUACAUUUGAAAGUGUUGAGUGCUUUGAUACAUACAGGAAGGUGUGGCAAAGAGUCUGUCCUAUGGAAAUCGGAAGAAUCCUUCCUGGCAUAGCUGUUUUAAAUGGCAGAAUAUAUGUUGUAGGAGGAGAACAAGAGUCACAGAUCCUGGCCAAUGGUGAAGUCUAUGACCCUCAGGAAGAUAUGUGGACUUGUAUGGCAUCAAUGGUUAUCCCGAGGUGUGAAUUUGGACUUUGUGCUCAUGAGGGCUAUCUCUAUGCUUUUGGUGGCUGGGUAGGUGAAGACAUUGGGGGAUCAAUUGAAAGGUACGACCCUAUUGCUGACGAAUGGAGACUUGAGUCCAACAUGCCAGAAGCCAGAUUCAGCAUGGGCGUUGUAGAACAUCAUGGGCUCAUCUAUAUUGUCGGAGGAUGCACCCACAGUCAGCGUCAUCUCCAUGACCUCCUUUGCUACAACCCAGUGACAGGAGAGUGGCAGAACCUAGCACCCAUGUUAACUCCUCGUAGCCAGAUGGGUGUUGCUGUGUUAGAUGGUUUCCUUUAUGUUGUAGGAGGCACCAACAGGCACAAUGUUCUUACAUCAGUAGAGAGAUACUCCUUUGAGCAGAAUAAAUGGUUUGAGUGUCCUCCCAUGUCUGUAGGUAGAGCAAGUCCAGCUGUUGCAGCAACAAACUCUCUUUUGUAUGUCAUAGGUGGUGAUCAAACUAGUGAAGUCAAUGAUUUUUACAGAGCCCAGGUAACAAUUGCACAUGUGGAGUACUUUGAUCCCAUCACCAACAGCUGGGUGGACUGCACUGCCUUGCCAGAGAGUCGGUCUGAGGCAGGGGCAGUUGUCAUUUGACCCCCUCCCCCUUCACAGCUCCCAUCUCCCCCCAAACACAAGAGUCACCGGCCAAACCUCAAUGAUCCAGAGUGUCCAAGUUUAACAAGAAAGGUCAGUAUCAGCCGUCACUCCCAUAGUCCAAGACAGCCGGCAUGAAAGUUACUUUUCGGCAGAUUUGGUAAAUGUGAUAAUGAUGUGGAAUAAAUAUGUUCAAUCGCUUAUUUCAUUUCUUGUGAAAUGGCAUUUUAUAGCUCCAGAUUUCUAGAAAGCUCACUAUUAAAGUAAGGAUUUUAAAAAGCAUUUACAUGAAAAUGCAUGCAUAUUGGAGUGGGUUACAACAUAAAGCAUAUCAAGAUAUUUUUAAAAAGAAGAAAUUUUACAUUAAAAAUUUUUGAUGGCUUUAAAUGGUCUGGGUGAACAUUUUAAUAACUAAAUCACAGUACUGCACUUUAUGAAGAAGUGUAGUUGUUAUCACCAUAGUCUGCUGUGUGGUGUAUAGUAACCAUAUCAUCCUUGCUUGACUAAGUUAUUUUACUUUGUAAAAUCAAUGAAAAGAAAAAUUAUUAUAAUAUGGUGGUGCAAAAAUAUGUCAUUUUUAUGCCUUAGUAGAAGUAUAGUUACCUUUAGUAAUGAAAAUUGUAGGCAGCUCAAUAUUCUUUCAUGAUAAAUCUCGUACUAUCAAGCUUAAAACAACGUAUAAUUAAAUACUUGAUAGUAUGACUUUACUUAUACUUGAGCCUAACAACUAACAUAAUCUCUGGGUUUUAAAAGCAUAUAUUGACUUUCCUGAAAGGAAAAUAAUUCCAGUGAAUGAGGGAAGGGUGCCACAAAUUUAUCUUUAUUCUUCCCUUCUCACUAAUUUUGGCAUGUAAAUCCACUUGAUAAUUGAUUCAUUGAUAAAAAUUUGUAAAGUUAUAUUUGGUUGUAUUAAACAACAAGAUCUUUAUAAAUAAGCACCUUUCAGUCCUUCCUGUUCAUACCUAUCAUUUUAUAAAAAAGGAAGAAUAAAAAUUGUCAUUAUUUAUGUUACUGAUAGAUUAUAACAUUUAAAAUUAUGAUGGAAUAUUUAAUCAAUGAUUUUCUCCAGCCAAUUCAUUUUUCAUUGUUGUUUUAUGACGCUUGUGGAAAAUCAUUAAUCUGUAAGGCUUUAGGGGUAUUUACAAUGUAAGUACUCGAUCAGUAGAUUCAUCUUAGUAUUAUAAAUGGAAUUGCCAUGGAUCUUCCAAGCGGCAGUUGACAGAGAUCUCUAUGUUGGUCAUGGGCCUGGUGUGCUUCUCUAAUAUAUGUUGGAGGAAAGUUCCCUCUCUUCUUAGUGUUCGCUGAUUCUUUUUUUCUUUUUUCUUCAUCUAGUUCUUCUUCUUGUUCUUUUUUCUUGCAUUUUGGUUUUAACCAAUUCCUAAAAAAAAAAAACUUUAUGGAAAUGAUAUAUCAAAAGGUAAUGAAUGAGAAUUUAAAAUGUAAUUAUUGUGUAGGUAGAUUCAUUUCAUAUUUGUUUUUGCUCAUAAGAGUAGGUAAAACAUUAUGCAUCAUUUAGUGAGAAGAGCACACAGCUAUGGAUAAGGUAUAUUAUGCCUCUUUGAAUUGUUAGAAUAGAUAGUUGUUGUGACAGGAAGGAAAAUUUAGGAAUAACCACACUAAAAUGUGGCAUUGAAUCUGCAUGAGAAUUAUCUGCUUGUCACUGCCUUAUUUACACAAAAUCAUGUGCUUUAUCUGUACAUAAUAAAGCUUUGUCUAAUGAUGUUGUGUACUUGUUGUUGUUUACAUUUUUUUAUUGUGAUUUAAGGCUUGACCCAUGAAUCUAUUGAUGAUGUAUGACUAUUCAAGCUUUUCAGUAAAAGGUGUUAGUAUGGUAUAAAAACUUCCAGUUAUGCUUGUAUGUUAAUAGUGUCGCAAAUAUGACACCCUGUUUUUCACUUGCAAGUGGACUUAGUGGAUCUGUUGUUUUUGAAAUGUGCACAGAUGUCAAAUACAGACAAUUCUGGGUAGUCCUAAGUAGCACGAUUUUCAUCUGUUUUGUACCAUUAAACACUAUAUAGCUGGUUAUCAGUAGACCUUUUUUGAGAUGUGUCUUCUAUAUAGUAGUAGUAAGUAUUUUACUUGCUCUUUCUAUUUGGUAAGUAAUAGGGAAACUGCUUUAGGUCUUUGUAAUACUAUCUUCAAAACACGGUGGAGCACUGAUUGAUGUGAAGUAAAUCGAAUCCAUACGUUUACAUUCAUCCGUCUCAAGAGUUAAUCAAAUUUGUUGUCUUCAUUCUCUGUGUUUUGUCAUAUAUUGUUUAUCCAGACUUUAUAACCAAAGAUUGUAAAACUAAUAACCUUUUUGAGUGAUGUAUGAAUUACUGUCUAGAGUGUGUCAUUGUCCUAAGAAUAAUAGUAUGUAUGUUUGUUUAUAGAGAGGUAAAUAAUGAUAAUUCUAUUUGAUUUUAAGUUUAUUUGAUGAUUUCAUUAGGUUAUAAAAAGAGUAUAUAAUAUAUUUGAAACCAAAGAUUAUAUAGAUCUGUAAUCCUAUUUUUCUGUGAGAAUCCAAACAUAUAUUUACAUAUUGAAUAUUGAGUUGCAGAACUUUUAAUCUGAAACCUUUUCCAUUUUGUUUAACAAUUGCCGUUUUUGUAUAACUGAACUGGUAGUCUUGAUUUCUGCACAAAAAUGUUAUGCAAGAUCAUACUGGUUAAAGUUAAACAUUGUAUAUUACAAUGUAAUUAUUAUAUUUUUGAAGAUUUUUUAUUUCAUUUUCUAUUUGUUCAGGUAUUUUGCUUGUUUAUUAUUUAUUUUAAAUCCAAACAUUGUGUGUUUGUAAUUGCACUGUUAGUUGUGAAGAUGGACUUUGUAAUUGUUCAGAGUUCGUAAAUAAAAAUUGAAUGAUCAA